AUGUCGACGAGACAGUCCAUCGACGGACCUCCUCCCGACCAGGCAAAUGACGGGGCUAUGAAUGCUCAUGCCAUACAGCCUGCCCUACAGCCAGAACAACAUCAUGCCUCGGAUCAUGCCACAGUCAACCCAAGCUUUCUCGCGCCCUACCCGACAACCCACCGACCGCAGCUCACGCAUGAACAUACGAUGCCCAUGUCAUCGCCUCAAACGUCGCUCAUGAUGGAUAGCUCACUGCAGGAUCUGGAAUUUGAUGCCCUUCUCAACACUUCUCCGGGUGAACAAGCCCAUCUGCAACAGCUGGCGAACUUUAUGGAUAGCAUGGGUCUCUUGACAGACUUUGUCACAUUCGACCAGGUACCAAAUGAGCCGUCCGUAGAAGCAGAGGCUCAAACAACACCGACUCAGACUAACGUGGCCGACGAUACUGCUGAUGACAGUACGCAUAACGACUCUAGAAGUCGUCCCCUUUCUCCGUUCCGAUCAUGGCUGCCGUCGCCUCCGCCCACCGAUCACAACAUGAGAGACGUCGAUGAUCCCAUAUCCUCGGGUCACCGGCAUACUCCCCAGACGCCCUUCUACGACGUUACGAGAGAACAUCGAGCCUGGCUCGAGACCAAGCUGGCCGAGUUUAGAGACGUCCUACCGGGAUUCUAUCUGCCCUCACAUCACAGCCUGACCAGAUAUCUGACAUCCUUUAUUGACGGCUUCCACAGUCACCUCCCACAUAUCCAUGUUCCGACAGCAACCAUUGAGGAUUUCACGCCUGAUGCGAUUCUCGCUUUCGCGGCCACGGGGGCACAGUACGUCUUCGAGCAUCGCAAUGCCGACAGACUAUUCUAUGCCGGCAAAGCGAUCCUGAUGGAACGCAUGCGACAGCAAAGAGCGGCCAGGUUCCAGCAUGCUGAUACAUCUCCCAAAUCUGUUGUUGCUCAGGGACUUGACUGCGGUCGCGCUCGGCGGUUCAAAUGGGUUUCUGCCGUGCUGGGCCCAGCUGAGGGCGGCCCACAAAGUUCACCAGAGGACGGGAGAGCCGUACACCAGUGCCUAGAAGCCGCCGUCACGCUCAUGGGCUACAGCGCAUGGGAGGGUGUGAACCUGGUGCGCGAAAGUCUCCAGCUUGCGAGCGUGGUAGUGGAAUGUCUCCGAGAUAUUGGACUGUCAACCUCUGCCCGUGAAGCCGACAACAGUCUGAACUGGAAGGCGUGGGCGCAGGCCGAAAGCGAGAGGCGCGCCCAGCUGGUCGCGUUUACUUUCUUGGAAACGCUCAGCAUCGCCUACAACGUCCCUCCGUAUCUCAUGAGUAGCCAGUUCAAUAUCCGCCUGCCGUGCACCACAGCGGAAUGGAAGGCCAGAACGGAAGAGGAAUGGAAGGCCGCGCGCGCCAACAUUGUCGCGGAGCAAAUGUACUAUCAACCAGCGCUGGCGGUGCUUUUCGACACAUCCAAAUCGGAUAGCCCGCCAUCGCCGAUGACCACCCCGUUUGGGAACUAUAUUCUUCUACACGGCUUGCUGCAGAGGAUAUCGCUGGCGUCCGAAAUCUCCAAUCCCACGGACGAGCAAAUCACCACCAUGUCCCGCAGCGACUUUGACCAUAUCGAGUACGCCCUUCGCUCCUGGACCGUUGUAUGGCAGAAAACCCCUGAGUCCAGUCUCGACCCUCGAAACGCCAACGGGCCGAUUCCAUUCACCUCGAGCGCACUCCUCGGCCUGGCAUAUGUUCGUCUCCACCUCCGUCUCGGCCCGCACCGCAGCCUCGAGAGUCGGGACAAGUAUCGCAUCGCGUCGAGUCUUCUCAAAUCCCCUCCCGUGCGACGUGGACAUCGCAUCCUACCGGCCAUUCUGUACGCCGUGCACGCAUUGAGUCUGCCUGUCCGGUUGGGCAUCGAGUCGGUGGGGCGAAGUCAAGCUUUCUUCUGGAGCAUUCGACACGGACUGUCCAGCUUGGAAUGUGCGGUUCUGCUGGCGAAAUGGCUGAUUGCUGUCCACGAGACUGAGGCCGAGACCGAAAUCAGCAAGAACGAACAUCGCAUGAUUCGCUGGGUCCGACAUAUUGUCAAGGAAGCUCUCGAGUCCUGCGACAGCGAGGACUCGCCCGAGGAAGCAGACCUGAGCGUGGACAAGACCGAACAUGUCAAUGCGCUGCCGAUCCGGGCGUUGGCCCUGCAUGUCCUUUGGAUCUGGUCGAGGAUGUUCCGAUGCAAUGUGCAAUGGCCGUUUCUGAACAUCAUCGGCCUCAGCCUGCAUGAGUACUCACACUUGCUGGAGGCCGAGUUUGUCUCCGCUGGGGACCAGAGCCAUGAAGCUACCCAGACUCCAAGCACGGAGCUCAGGAGCUUCUCUAGUUUUGGCCAGGUAGGCCAGGGAUGA